AUGUCUACAUUGACAGUUGACAAUGACAAAAACCCAUGCUAUAAACCUGCAAGGAAUGAUGAUCGUUUAAAUAUUCAUAAUCCUUGGAUGCUUUCACUAUGGAGAGCUAAUAUCGAUUGUCAACCAGUCACUUCAAAAAAAGCUGUCCUCCAAUACAUUUCAAAGUAUGCUUCAAAAUCAGAAAACAAAUCGCAAUCCUAUAUUGAAAUGCUGAAAACAAUACUAAAUACAAGUAAAUCUGAAGAUAGCAUUUUAUUAACAUAUCAGAAAUUUAUGAUGGGCAUAGUAGUAGACCAUGAUAUCAGUGCACAAGAAACUUGCCAUAUGUUACAGAAAUUGCCUCUUCUAAGUUGUAGCCGACAAUUUGUCUCUCUGAAUGUUGGCAGAAAAAUACUGCACCGUGUCAUAAAAUCAGAUAAUGGAGCUGACCUUUCCACAACUUAUAUCCAUGCUUAUUUGCAGCGCCCUUUUGAAUUAAAUGCAACAAAUUUGCUACAGUCAGCACAACGGUUUUCCUAUAAUUCUCAACGCAAAAAAACAAAAUGGCACAUCAGGGAUAAAAAAGCAAUUGUGACUGUAUAUCCUCAGUUUACAGAGCCUCCAAAUGAAGAUACCAAUCAGUUCAAGAUUUUUUGUUUGUCUGAAUUGCUGCUAUACAAACCAUUUCGUGACAUCCCAACUGAAAUAGGAGCUUCAAAGGAACAAAUUAUAAAAAAUUGGAAAAACUUUAAAAAGACAAAUUACAAUCGUUUGGGAAAUCAACAGAUUAUAGAUGAUUGCACCCUUCCAAAUGAAGAUGACAGUGACAAUAAUGGUUCCCAACAUCAAGAUGAUACAAAUCUAUAUGAGUGGGAGCAGCUCUCACAAAUGGGAGCUUCAAAUAACUUUGUCCAGAAUGAUCUGCAAAUGCUAGGCCGUCGUGAUUACGAUAUUAGCCACUUUUGGGGAGCAACUGUUGUGGUUGAUCAACUAGACUCCACUGCCCUUCAGUUCAUAGCUACAAGCAAGCUAAAAUCCCAACACACUAGCAUGCAAAUCUCCAGCCAAGACACAAAAAAAAACCAGCUAUCACCUCAGCAAAAAGUUGCGCUCAACAUCAUUCUACAACAUCAUAAUAAUCAAUCUGCAACAACACCUUUACGAAUGAUUGUUCAAGGCACUGCUGGCACUGGUAAAUCAUUUUUAAUAGAUUGUAUUAGAAAAGAAUUAAACAUAUCUCCACCUAUGACGACAAACCCAUUGCUUGUUUUAGCACCAACAGGAGUUGCUGCAUUUAAUAUACAAGCGACAACAAUCCAUGCAGGGUUGCGCAUACCUAUAAGAGAAAUGCAUCCUUUGACAGGGCAAUCAUUAAUGACAUUGCAAGAGCAAUUGAAACAUAUCAAAUAUAUUCUGAUAGACGAAAUGAGCUUUUUGGGCCCGAAACUACUACUUAAGAUAGAUAACCAUUUACGCCAAGCAUUCCCUAACAAACAACAUGACAACUUUGGUGGCGUGUCCAUGAUUCUUGUUGGUGAUCUUGCUCAGCUUCCCCCUAUUAUGGAUAAACCUAUAUAUGCUUCGCACUCUACAGCCCUCAGUUUAUGGCAUUCUUUUACUAUUGUCAUAACAUUGGACACUAUUUUCCGCCAACAAGGUGCAUCUAUAAGACAACAACAAUUCAGAGCACUUCUUCACAACUUAAGAAACGCUCAAGCACUCCAACAUGAUUGGCAGUUUCUAAUGUGCCAGACAAAUGCAACAUUAACUAUUCAACAAAAGAAAGAUUUUGACUCUUCCAUCCACCUGUUUGCAACAAAUGAAUCUGCACGCUUGCAUAACAGGAAAAUGCUCAAAGAAUUAAAUUUGCCUGUCGCUCUAAGCUUAGCUAAAAUUGCUAAGCAAACAAAUACUGAAUAUGACACCAAUGAACAGCUACCAUUGGAAGUAUUACUUUCUAUUGAUCAGCAAGUGAUGUUAAUAGCUAACUUGUGGAUCAAAGUUGGCCUUGUUAAUGGUGCUAUUGGUCUUAUAAAACAAAUUGUAUAUGAAAACAAUACAAAACCACCAGACUUGCCAAAAUAUGUGGUUGUCCAAUUCAAUGAUUAUAAUGGACCUCCAUGGGAUAUAGCACAUCCAAAAGACAUACCCAUUUUGCCAAUAACGCGAGGUAGGCGUACGCAAGUACCUUUAACAAUGUCUUGGGCCAUCACUAUUCACAAAUCCCAAGGUCUUACAUUAGAUACAGCUACCAUUGACAUAGGUAAUACUGAAAAGCAAGGCCUCACAUUCACAGCUAUUUCCAGAGUGAAGACAAUUGAUGGAAUACGGAUCGAACCACCAUUCUCUUUUGAAAGGUUUUCCAAACUACAAAAUAAUCCUUAUACAACCAUUAGAAAGAAAGAAGAAACUCGUUUGCAGCUACUCUCUGCGCAAACAGAUAUCUAUUCACCUUAA